GUAAUGGUUGUACUACUCAUGAGUAGUUGAGUGUUUACUAUAUAAUUUGUAACUUGCAUUUUAUUGGUCAGUAUGAUCGAACAAUCUAGAAGUUGUUUUCUAUUGGUCGAAACAUUGACUGUUUGGUCAGCCAUUUUGUUUGGCAUUCUAUUCGCUUGGUGUGUGGGACACGGAUCGUUGUGAUAAUUUGUUGUUGUUGUUGUUGCUGCUUAAUCACCUUGAAUAAUCAAAAUCUGAAAAAAAACUAUUUCAUGAAUGUUUACCAUUCUCAAAAGACAAACUUCAUUAAGUCAAUGCACAGAAUUUUAUUAGCAAGUGAAUUUGAUUUAAUCAGCGAUAAAAAAGAAGUUACAUAUCCUGAAAUUUACUUAUCCGCUAUGUUGUUGAAACCAUCGUUUCCGAGCGCUUCAAAUUCAAUGUCUGAAAAAUAUGCAAUUCUUGGGUGGCUUAUUAGUCGUAAACUAUGGUUUGAAGCUUUCCGAAGCAAACAACAACAGUCUCAGUUACAUUGUGAACGGAAAGAUGAAUCACUGUAUGAAAAUCAAUUGUGCUGUUUAUCAAAACACGAAAACAUAGAAGCCGCUGAGUACAAGGAUUUAAAACAAAUGGCAGUCGAUAUCAAUGCUCUUAUGUUAUCCUUUUUAAAAUACAAGGAGGAGGUUUCGAAGAAUGUCGAUCAUUUGGAAAAAAAGAAAAUGUUUUUCGAAGACUUUGCUAAAAUAACUUGUAAUGAACUAUCUUCAAAUCUGAUGGAUGACAAAGUACAGACGUCUCAUCAAAACUUUAAAUCCAGGUUGAAUGAAAUUCUGAAACAUACUACAGAAUUUUCCACAAUCUAUCAAUGUCAACCCGAUUCGCGAAUGAUGCCUGACGAAAAAUGUAUUUUCUAAAAACACGCAGAAAUCAUCUUUGCGUGCUGUCGUCUGUGAUAACAUUUGUUUCUUUGUGUAACCGUAACUGUUGUAGUGUAUUUCUUCAAUUUUUUUAAAAAACGAUUUUAAUGUCAGCAGCGAAGUUGUAACGGUAACAAGAAGACUGUAAUUCGAAUUCAAUCGAAUUUUUCUUCCAAAACAUAACCCUUUUCAGAUGAAAAAAUCUCUUUUUUCGUUCAAUUAUUAAUCGCUGACUUAAUAUUUUAU